AUGUUACAAAAGCGAGACGUGUUUAGGAGAUUGAAGUCUUCAUCGGUAAGGACUCCAUCGUUUCAUAGGAAAAAUGCCAACGCCCCGGUCAAGGUGAAAUCGAAGCAUCAACAAGGACUACAAGAACAGUCAUCUAUUACAAAUACCACUACCUCCUCCUCCCCGUUUACACAGGAGCUUUUGAUGACAGGUAGGCCCAACUGGGACAAAGCACCGUCUCAAUUGAAACAACGCUACAGAGGUAUAUUCCUUGUUCUCUUGUCCAUCCCAAUAAUAGCAGUUACAUCCUUUGUUAUGUACCAAAGGUUAGAAGGUAAGUCGACAAAGAAGAUCCAACAGGGCGAGCUAUUAGAAAACGGAACUAAAAGAGAUUUUGAUGAAGCGGAAAAAUAUAAAGUCGAAAAGGAAUCAUUCAUGUAUAAGAUAUUUGGCAGGGAUUUCUUUCUCGACGGGUUCACUAGUAAGACGAUGAAGAAUGAUCAAGAACAGGAAGAAAAAAAAAACACGCAUUAG